CAUCCCUCCCCUCCAAUCUGGCUGACUCUUCACGCCGAGGCUGGCUGAAUCCCUACAGACCUGGAGGAGCUGAGCAGGAGGAGCAGGGAGCAGCACUUGCUUUGUUUGUGCUGACUUGGAACUCCCUGCUUCCACUCUGGAGAARAUGGGCCGCAAGGAAGAUGAUGACAACAGCUCCUGGAAAAAGCAGACGAACAACAUCCGAAAAAACUUCAUUUUCAUGGAGGCACUAGGAUCAGGUGCCUUUUCAGAAGUUUUCCUAGUGAAACAAAGAAGCACUGGCAAGCUCUUUGCUYUGAAAUGCAUCAAGAAGUCUCCUCUCACUAGGGACAGCAGCUUGGAGAAUGAAAUAGCAGUAUUGAAAAAAAUAAAACAUGAAAACAUUGUGACUCUGGAAGAUAUUUAUGAGAGCACAACUCACUUUUACCUGGUCAUGCAGCUGGUAUCUGGUGGAGAGUUAUUUGAUCGAAUUCUGGAAAGAGGAGUUUACACUGAAAAAGAUGCGAGUGUGGUAAUCCACCAGGUCUUGACAGCUGUGAAGUAUCUCCAUGAAAAUGGAAUAGUUCACCGAGACUUAAAGCCUGAAAACCUUCUUUACCUCACUCCCGAAGAGAACUCUAAAAUCAUGAUUACAGACUUUGGCUUGUCCAAAAUGGAACAGAAUGGCAUCAUGUCCACUGCCUGCGGCACUCCAGGAUACGUUGCUCCAGAAGUCCUCACCCAGAAGCCAUACAGCAAAGCCGUGGAUUGCUGGUCCAUUGGAGUCAUUACCUACAUCCUGCUGUGCGGGUAUCCUCCUUUCUAUGAGGAGACUGAAUCUAAACUGUUUGAAAAGAUUAAGGAAGGCUACUAUGAGUUUGAAUCGCCGUUUUGGGAUGAUAUCUCUGAGUCAGCCAAGGAUUUCAUCAAACAUUUACUGGAGAAAAACCCAAACACAAGGUUUACCUGCGAAGAAGCUCUGAGACACCCAUGGAUUAAUGGAAAUACAGCCCUUCACCGUGACAUAUACCCAUCUGUCAGCGCUCAGAUUCAGAAGAACUUUGCAAAGAGCAAAUGGAGGCAAGCCUUCAACGCUGCAGCUGUCGUGCACCACAUGAGGAAGCUGCACAUGAAUGGUCACGCAGCAGCGGAGAACAACCUGCCUCUCCUGCAAGUCUCGGAAGCGUCCACCCCUAGUACCCCUGACGUCACGGGCCCGGGAAUGCCGGGCGAAGACGGGAGCGUGUCGUUAUCCUCGCCAGCUUGUGCAAACCUUCCCACGCAGCUGGACCAAGACACCGCAAUGACGGAGGGGAAGCUGCAAACGCUCCCCGUUAACGGCUCCCUGCCAGGAGACAGUGGGCCGGUGCUGCCGGACCCUCCGAGCCCACCAAACAGAACUUCUUGUGGCUGCAGCUCAGCCUGCGUGGGGCACGAGAAAGCAAAGGCAUCCUUUUGCUCCGAGACAGUGCUUCUUAAAAAAGCUGCAAAAUCCCAUCCUUUCAACUCAGAAGUUCUCGUUCCAGUGAAAAACAGUAAACACUUUCACUGUGGCACGGGGCAAACUGGAGUUUGCUUGAUCAUGUGAUGAGGAAGGCGGGCACUGGACUCCCCACAUUUUCCAAGAAACAGAAGGGCUGUUUUACUCUUUUCUGCACUUCAAAGCCAGACAUCAAUAGUGCAAGCAAGAAGAAAGGAGGCUGUGUCCUGCCAGGAGCAGAGGAGCAGCAGUUUCUCRGAGAGCAGUGACCGACCAGUGACGGGCUGCACGCUUCUUAGUCCUGGAAAUCCAUCAGUGCAGUGACCUCAAGGUGUUUCUGGAGCAUUAACGUUGGGAGAUGGCACUUUAGCAAAGGAAAGUCUGAGGCUUCUGCUAGCAUUUUCAGUGUAUGUAACUCAUACAACAUUGCUCAAUGCUAUAUGCUUUUGGGUUUUGUAUACUGUGUAGUUGUCCAAUGCAUAAUAAUUGCACUGUACAUCAUAAAUUCUAUAAACCAAAGCCAUGCAGAGUUUUACUCAGUGGCAGCUCAGCAUUUCUUAUUUUUUAAUACAAUCUGCAUCCUCCUAGGAUCUUGUUUACUCCCAUCUUUCAGCACACUGAAGUUCAGCGUCAACCAAUUGCCUAGGCUGUGCAGUUUUCACUUAGGCUACAAAAGGAGACAACCUGCUAGCAACCUCCAUAUGUCUGGUAAUAAUCACAGCAAGGUCUAAAUUCCCUGCUUCCAAAUCUGUAAUUGUGCAAUAAAUACUUGCUUAAUAAAGCUGAAUU